UCAAAACUGUUACAUUAUCCAAACUUAAUUAGUCAAGCAAAAACACUGACGGGCGGUCAAACCAAACUUCCGCUUCAUUCUAUCUUGUUUCUGAGUGCGCGAUUAUAUGAGCGGCCACAUUGGCAUCACAGUCGGUCAUUCUAUUAUCAAUACAACUAUGUCAAUGAUCCAUUCCAUACAAAAUUUUGGGCUUCCUUUUGGUUGUGAUUGGGAUUGGGCUAGUUACUACAAUAAUUAAGGCGUGAUCCAGAACUGACAUCACUAGGUAGCCCUUGAUGCAUUGACCUGAUCCAAGUUCAUUACCAACUAGCUAGUUACUUUAUGUGGCCCAAUAAUUAUUUUGAGAUGAACUCAUUCUCUUGUGAUUUGCCUUGCGUCCAGUGCAUGGGUGUGCAACGGUAUGACCCACUGCUUUGUAUUUGGUUCGGUAUAGUUCGAUCCAAGUAUUAGUUUGAUCUCAUAAAUUUUCUGAAUAUUGAAUAAAAUAUUGAUCAACUUUAUAUUUGAAUCGAAAAAAACCAUAAUGAUCAUAUUAUGGUUCUCAGUUUUCUUUUACUAUUAAACCACAGUUAUCAUGAUAUGAUACGAUUUAUAUCAAAUUGAACUGUUGCAUACCCCAUUUCUGUCUAUUAUAAUCUUCAACAUGAAUGCAAUGAAACCCAUUUCGAUUGGUUAUGCUAAGAAACUAUUGAAAUCGAACAACAAUAAUGUACUUUAUUAUUUUUCUGUUUUUUUUUCUUUCGUGCUUUACCCUAUUCGUCAGCAUUAUAGGAUCAUUGAAGAAGCCUAUUUGACGAACAACUAACAUACUGUUCGAGAUGGUCCGAUUGUGUUGUGUAUACUGUUGGGAUUUUGAAUGAUGUGAAUAGGAAUGAAAGGAGGAGGAAUCAUGAGAAGCUAUUGAAAUACCAUAUUAUUUAUAUAUGGGAAGGAGGCCUUGGAUUCGGUCAAUUGAUUUGAUUAAAUCGUUUUGUAAUUGGUCAAAUUGGUUUGUGUUACCAACCAAACCAAACCAAUUUGAAUCGAACUAAUGUGGCAGUUGGAGUGAACCAACCGGUCCAAUACCAUGAGCCAAACCGAUGCAACGAUUCGCUAUUUUAAAACAAACCAAUGUGUUGGUUGGGGUGUAACCACCCACCCGAAGGGUCACAUCCCUUCACUCACACCCUUCAUUUUCUAUAAACAACACCAACACCCUCUAUUUUCAUACGUGAGUUUUCCUAAAAGGAUUUUCUGUCUAAAGAAAGAAAAUAUGUUUUCUUCUUAAUUAAAUUUUCCUCUCUGUAAAUGCAUAAAGGAAAAUAGAGUCGUGUGACUUCUCUCCGUUCGUUGCGUUUGCUGAUUUCUGGGGUUUCAAGUACCAGUACGCCAAAAAAGGUACGUUCGUUCUAUUGGUCCGGACGUGUUUAUACAUGAGUCGCGAUUUAUUUUCCUUUAAUUUUCUUUUCAUGUUGAUUUCUAUAUAUGACUUGUGUUGCAAGAAUCCCGAUAUACGUGAAAAUUUCCAUAACAUAUACACACCAAUCAUCCACAUGUUAACCCUAACCGGCUAGCUCAACACUAAACCCCUUCCUCUCUUCUUUCUCUGUUUUCUACUAAAUCUAACAACGUAGACAUGUACCAAAUGGCUCAUCCAUUCCAUAAUUCUUUCCCAUUAGGAUUUUAGGGCAUGGAGAGUGUGAUUGCUCCACACAAUUAGGUUUUUCAUUUUGGCUAAACAUUCGUGAUAGAAGUAUUUUCUUUGCUAACAUUAGCUUGAGAUGGUGCACGAAACCUAAAGCUACAAUUAGUCUCAUGGGUCAAAAAAUAACUUACCUAACUUGUGCCCUACUCAAGUGGGUGAGCUUCCAAACCUAGCUAGCUUCCUCCCUUGUGUCCACCAUUUAUUUGUUUCAAGACUACAUCAAUUAGUUCACACUAGAUAGUAGAUAGAACGUUGACACUUUGCUGCCAACUCAAUAAAUACAACAGUUAUGUUUUUGUACGCCCAAUCGGGAGCUUGUCAAGUUUAACACGAUGCUCAAUUCGAAUUAACAAAGAAACAAAAGAAAAAGGUUGGUCUAGUUGUAAGUUGUAACAUAGCCCAAUUUGUUGCACGACCGCCUCUGAUUCGUGAUCGAAUUGACACGUGCGCUGGUCAGUCGUGACUCGAGUGAUGACAUUCUAGGGAAUAUGCUCCACCAAAAGAAGUGAUUUCGUGGUACAUUUUCAUCAAUAACCGACAUUUACAUGCACAUCUCAUUGUUGCUUGGAGAAGUAAGAUACAUGUUUGUAGUUUUGGAUGAAGAUGGGAUGCCCAAUUGGAAUACAUGUAAUCAUUUUAUGGGUAAAACAAUGAUUGUGCAUGAUUAUGCCUUUAUAAGACUUGAUCGAGCAAAUCUAGUUGUCCCAUGAUGUAUAAUUAUUGCAUUGCCUUUCUACCUUAUGGGACACAUGAAAAAAGGUGCACUCUAUUUCCCUCUCAAGCUCCAUACAUCAAUACAUGGUUUUUAAUUUUUAUAUAAGAAAAUAGUGCCAUAAAUCAUCAAAAUAGGUCACCUAAUUUAAUGCAUAUAUCUCCCAAACAAAUUUGCAGAGAAAUGGUUUCCCCGGGAAGGAGCAGCAAUCACGUCCGGCCGGGACCAAGUUCCUAAACCUGCACCCGCCAAUCACACCGCGAAACGUGGCGGAUGGCUUCUGGUUUGACCUUUUUUUUAAAACAAGUCACGCGGCUAAAUCCUGCCGGUUCAUUGUAAAAAUAUAUAUCCAAAAACGGGAAAACCAGAAAGGCGAGAAAAUGGUAAAGCAGCAGAAGCGAAGAAGAAGCUAAAAACAGAGAGAAAGAGAGAGCGAAAGCAGAGUGGAAAAGGGGGAAAAGGCUUUUUUCUUAUCAGAUCCGCGGCCGCGUCACUCACCGGAAACCAAGAUAAUCAUUCGUUUCCCUGAGGCAGGAUAGAAAGAAAUGAGCGGCGGCGUAAGGAGGAAGACGAGCGCGGCGGCGAUGUUGGAAGAGGAAGAAGAGGAAGUGAUUGCUACUUCGUCUUCCUGCUGCAGCGGCGGCGGCGAUCGAAGGAGGAAGGAGAAGGAGAGGAGGCUGGUGAAAUUCAAUGACCUGCCGGAGUAUUUGAAAGACAACGAGUUCAUCCUCGACCAUUACCGGUCGGAAUGGCCGCUCCGGGACGCGCUGUGGAGCGUCUUCUCCUGGCACAACGAAACCCUCAACAUCUGGACGCAUUUGGGAGGGUUCUUGAUCUUUGCUGGACUGACGGUGAUGAGCUUCAUGGGGAAAUUGGAUGAGCUCGGAGGAUUUCUCACCGAUUUAUCGAGAGGUCAAGCCUCUGGACCGUUGAUGGCAAUGAUAAUGAAGAACAAUGGCAGUGAUUUCAACGUCUCUGAUAACAGCUUGGUUCCUGACUACAAUCUCCGGCGAAUCCCGGAGCUGGAAACCGGCUCGGAACCCAUCGCACAAUGGCCAUGGUUCGUCUACUUAGCCGGAGCAAUGACCUGCCUAACCUGCAGCUCGCUCUCCCACCUCCUGGCCUGCCACUCCAAGACCUUCAACCUCUUCUUCUGGCGGCUCGACUACGCCGGAAUCUCCGUCAUGAUAGUCUCCUCAUUCUACGCACCCAUCUACUACAUCUUCCACUGCAACCCGAUCUCCCGCUUCCUCUACCUCACCUCCAUCACCGUCCUCGGAGCGAUGGCCAUCGUCACCCUGCUCUCCCCCCAGCUCUCGGCUCCCCGGUACCGCAAGUUCCGGGCCACCUUGUUCCUCGCCAUGGGCUUCUCCGGGACCGUGCCGGCUGUCCACGGCGUGUGCAUCCACUGGGGCCACCCGCACGUGUUCGUCUCGGUCCUGCUCGAGGUGAUCAUGGCGGUUCUGUAUGGCGCCGGAGCUGGGUUCUACGUCGGGAGGAUACCGGAGCGGUGGUGGCCCGGCAUGUUCGAUAUUGCUGGACAGAGUCACCAGAUCUUCCAUGUGUUUGUGGUUAUGGCUGCUGUGGCUCACAGCCUUGCGACGGUUAUCAUCAUGCAUUUUCGGCAGGGGACGCCUUCAUGUUAAGAGGGAAAUGUUUGCAGCAAUUGUUUGUAUUACAAGAUGUAUUGGUAAUGUUAUCCGACACUAAAGCUCAGUAGUAUCAGUAGUAGUAGAGCUAGGAAUGACAAUUCGGUUUGGUGCGAGAUGCGUAUCUGAACAUUCAUACUCGUUCUACAUCGAAAGAGCGAAAAAGGGUCGUAUCAGACAAUGUGGUUUAGGGCCAAUACUCUUCUCCUCUAACCAAAAGUCCAGCAUCAUAGAAGUAAUAGCAGUAGAGGUAUGAAUGACAAUCUAGUUGGGGCGAAGUGUGUAUCUUACUACUACUAGUCAUACUCUUCCUACGCUGGAUGAGAGUCGUAUCGGAGUAAGUUAGAUUAGAGACGAUCUCUAGUCCGAUACUCAUCAAAAGUAAGCUAUCAGAUCGAGAUUAUCAUUCGUAAGUAGAGUUCAUUGAACUUAUAAGAGAUAUAUAGAACUAUUGAUUGGAUUUCUUACUGAGUACCUUCAAGUGC